GUACCGAAAUAUACUGUGAAUAAGUAAAGAACGACAUCAUGAGACAAGAAAAUAGAUUUUGAUGGAGUAUUCAUAUCUUCCUGAAGGAGCAGCUGGGAAAUAACCCCCUCUCCUCCUUUCUGUGAUCAUUACUUGUGGGCAUGGUGGACGUAGAAGAAGACAUGAAGACACACUGGCCUGCUCCCACUGACUACUACAGACCACUGGUGGCCAUUUUAUUAAUAUUGAACCUAUAACUAAAUGGGACUCUGCAAUAUUUGGCCAUUAAUACCACACGUGAAGCCGAUAAGAUGAAGGCGUUUCACAUACAGACCUGAGGGUGGCGCUGUUUGAUUUGCGUGGUAGUGCACAGCCAGGGACAUGAGGAAGAAGACGGCAUGGGGAAUGAGGAGGAACCGGUAAAUAAUAAGUCGUAUGUGUCAGUGAGCGGAGCCGGUUACUUGGGUUGUUUCAGUCCAGCUCGUUUCUAACCGGGAACAGCCUCCUCAUGGCGGACUUCACCGAGAACAGCGGCCGACAAGCGGAACAACACGACGGGACCAACGGCAGCGGUGUCCCCGGGGAGCCUGUGUCCGCGGCCGGGGAGCCCGCGGCGGUGACGGUCCCCUGGGGGCUCCGGUCCUCUAACCUCCACCAGAGGAAAAAGCUGGUGCUGCACCUGGACCUGAACAGCACCGUGGUGGUGUCCGACUCUGUGACGGGGCAGGGCACUGUGGCUGCUCUGGACUACUUCCUCACCACCGCCACCUGGGGAGAGAUCAACAAACACGGAAAAUGGGAAUGGCUGAGUGACUCGCCCUCCCUGUUCCCACCACGCAAAGAUGCAGUUCGUUACUCCGACCACUUUGCACGGCUGCCUGGUUUCACCUCUGCUGCGGGACAACGUUUCCGUAGAUUUCGCGAUGAACAUCUGGAUCAGCUGCGCUGGCCCGAGGGUGUCAAGGGAGACAGCGAGCUGUCUGUCAAAGGAGAGGACGGACGACUGUACCACUGGAUCCUCCCGUCCUUCUUCCAGUUGCUCAAAGACCUGGUGCAGGAAGGAUGGGAAUUUGCCAUCCUGUUUCGUACGUUUGGAUCAGACCUACCUCGUGUGCUGAGAGCUGUGCACAGAGCACUGAAUGAAGGGGCUCACCCACUGUUCCCUGAUCUGCCUGAUCUGAAGAUUAAUGUGAAUAUGACUCCAGGCAAGAUCCGCUGUAGCAAGAAGGGAAUCGUCCUGAGUCGAGCGGAGGACAAGGUGUCAUCUCAAGAUGGAGAGAGGGGCCUGUAUCAGUACUUCAGCUCAGUCCAGGGCCUGGGAGGCUUUCAGGACCACUUUGAAUGGUGGUCGAGUAAUACCUUCUCCAUCCGGGGGGGGAAGCCACUUUGGGUCGACCCCUUUGACCAGAGCGUUCAGCACAUUUUCAUAGACGACAACAUACGACAGAAUGACGAGGAAACCAUCGUUCAGCCCAGGAUUUUCAUGGACCCAGGUGGCAAUGACACUCGUCUAGCCAGCACCUCUGAGCUGUACGACAUCACCUUGGUCCAGAACGACCUCCUCCGGGCCAUCUCUGACCUCAACUAUUUCACUGAGCGUGUCAACAUCUGCCUGGAAAACUAUGAGAGGAAUCUCCAGCAGGGGGCAGGCUAGGACACACUUUGUCUCUGUGACAAACUCCAGUAUCGGGUACAAUAAACCAAGACACUACACCAUCCCAGCACAGACUGAGGAUGGAGACACAGUCGACUGUCGGCAGGAUUAUUUAAACGCACAGUUUGAAGACUGAAACACAAAUGUAGGAAGAUUAUAUCUGGAGGAAGGUUACUUGAAUCGGAAGGGGGGAUUACUGUUAUCUAAAGAUCAGAGCUUGUAAAAAAUGCAAGAUAAGUGUGGUUUAAAUAGCACCCACUUCAUAACUCCAGGACCGCAGCAAUGUCGGCUCAUAAAACGAGCACUUUGGUUUGACUAUGUCCACUGUCCUGAGCUGACUGCAGCAAAUAGAGGUGCAGACUUCAUGGAGCACUGAAGUGGCCAGGGCAGUUUAAUAAGCACCAAAGGCUCUGAGUUAGACAGCUUCUCUGGAGUCAAUUAUACUCAGAGGUGUUGCAUUAGUUGUAUGUAGAGUAUUUAUUAUACUCUGAGUGUGACUCUGUUUUUAUUUGAUGUCCGUCAGUGUCUGCAUUGUUUACAUCUGCUCGGAACUGAGAGGUGAUACUUGAAUAUUUCCAGACAACUGAAGAAAGCAUCUGAUUACUGGGUGUGACUGUGCAGCUCAGGGUGAUGCUUCAUAAUGAAACUGAGCUAGAUACCAUCUGGUGUGACUAAGAAUCACAAACCACCAUGUUACAUUUUAUAAGAGUACACGCCAUUUGUACAACCCCAAAUGAGAAAAAGUUGGGACGCUAUGUUACAUUUUAAAUAAAAACUGAGAACAGUGAUUUAUAAAUGAUCGUUGACCUGUAAAAACAAUACAGAAGCACAUUAUUUGAUGUUUGACCUCAUGAAUUUUUUUGUAUUUUCAAAAUAAACUCUUAUUUUAAUUUAGAUUCUUGCAACAUAUUUCCAAAAAGUUUGGACGGUAAAGCAUUUACCACUUUGUAAUGUUGCCAUGCCUUUUCACAACACUGAAAAGACGUUUAGGGACUCAAGACACCAAGCGAUGAAGCGUUUCAGGGGUCGUUUUGUCCCUUUCUUCCUGCAAGUCUUAAGGAGUGCAACAGUACAGGGUCUCCGUCGUCGAAUUUAGCGUUUUAAAAUGCGCCACAUAUUCUCUAUUGUGGCCGGGUCUGGACUGCAGUCCAGCACCCCCAUCCUCUUCUUCCGCAGCCAUGCCUUUUUAAUGUGUGCACAAUGUGGUUUUGCAUUGUCUUGUUGCAAUAUGCAUGGAUGUCUCUGGAAAAGAUGUCGUUUUGAAGGCAGCAGAUGCUGCUCCAAAAUCUCUAUGUACUUUUCGGCAUAAAUGGUCCCAUCUCAGAAGUGUAAGUUACCUUUAACAAGGACUUUUGGACUUGUUGCUGGUAACGAGCCCAGAGAAGUCGACGGCGCUUCUGGACACGGUUAACAUAAGGCUUCCUUUUGGCACAGUAAAGUUUUAACUGGCAUUUGUGGAUAUAACGAUGUAUUGUAGUGCAUGACAAAGGUUUGCCAAAGUAAUCCUGAGCCCAUGUUGUUAUAUUGCUUAUAGAUAAAUGACGGUUCUUGAUGCAGUGUCGUCUGAGGGAUCGGAGAGCAAAGUUAGUCAGGUUAGGUUUGCUCCCUUGCUCUUUAUGCACUGAAAUUCCUCCCGAUUCCUUGAAUCUUUUAAUAAUGUUAUGCACCGUAGAGGAUGAAAUAUCCAAAUCCCUUCCCAUCCUUCUUUGAGUAACACUGCUUUUAAACAUUUCAAUCAUUUUCUCACACAUUUGUUGGCAAACUGGCGAUCCUCGGCCCAUCUUUGCUCCUUAAGAGCUGGGCCUUUCCUGGAUCAUCGAUUUCAAAUCACUUCAUUUUUUUUAUCAUUCUACCUCAAUACUAGCCCUAAAUUGCCCCGUCCUAACUUUUUUUGGAACGUGUUGCAGGCCUGAAUGGCAGGAAUGGAUGUAUAUUUACAAAUAAAAUGAAGUUGACCAGACAAAACAUAACAUAUCUUAUGUUCGUACUGUCUGCAAUGAAGUACAAGUCAAAUUUAAUUUAGAAAUCACUGCUGUCUUUUUCAUUUUUUAUUUUUCAUACCGUCCCAACUUGUUGGGGUUGUACAUGUAGUCAGUUUAGAGGACUCCGUAUCUCUGAUGCAUUUCUUCUGAGCAGUCUGAUCAGAGGAAGUAAUGUCUUGUUGAAGGUCGGACACAUAAUUCGUGUUUUUUACUACAGUUUUUAUUAAUUUACAGAAUUUGCAAUAUUUGAAACACUUGAUUGUGUGUGGAGGUGAUGGUAAUUUUUGCGUGAAUAUAUAUAUAUAUAUAUUUUGGGAUGUAUUUAUUUUCAAGCCUUCAGGGAGGUUUUUACUUACUUUGUGUUUCUCAGGUGAGAGACAUUAAUGCAAACUAUUAAUAAUUUAAAGAAAUGUAAUCAAAGCACCAUUGAAAACAGUGGAGUGAUGAAACAAGGCUUUUCGGGUAUGUGUGUAUGUUUCUGGUGUUUGUGUGAGCAGCACUAUGUAGCAGUCAGUGGGCAGUGAGCCUUCCCUCUGUGGACCGAGUUGUACAUGUCUUCUUCUACGUCCUCAGAUACAGCAGUGCUCAGCAAAUGGGUCAAACCAUGGGUCAAAAUCAUCACCAGAUCAUUUUCUUUAUAUAUUUUAUAUUCAUGAUAAUUUGAUUAUUUCACCACACCAGACUGAAGAUUUGACUCCAUAGUUAACCCUACAGUCAUACAAGGCUAAGUGAUUGGAUCAUCUUGGUAAAAGCAGUGGAACUAAUAAGUAAGGCUAUAUGAGCUGGAGAUGUAGAGAUCUCCACUGUGUACUAGAUGAAGUAUUUUGUGGUUCUGAAAACACUGUCAUUCACAAUCAAACCUCAUGAUCAACAACAAGUGUGAUGCUUCUUCGACCUCAGAAUGCACAUCACAUCAAAACUAGAAAUAUUUAUUUUUCUCAUGUCAAAUAUUUACAUGUACUGUUAAAUAAACCUUUGAAGUUUUGUGUUAAUUGAAA